GGGGGAGCCCCGGGCAUGAACGGCUACGGCUCCCCCUACCUGUACAUGGGCGGCCCGGUGUCGCAGCCGCCGCGAGCGCCUCUGCAGCGCACGCCUAAGUGCGCGCGCUGCCGGAACCACGGGGUGCUGUCCUGGCUCAAGGGCCACAAGCGCUACUGUCGCUUCAAGGACUGCACCUGCGAGAAAUGCAUCCUGAUCAUCGAGCGGCAGCGGGUGAUGGCGGCUCAGGUGGCGCUUCGCCGGCAGCAGGCCAACGAGAGCCUGGAGAGCCUCAUCCCGGACUCGCUGCGGGCUCUGCCAGGGCCCCCGCCGCCAGGGGACGCCGCCGCCGCCGCCUCCUCGCAGUCGUCGCCGGCCUCCCAGCCGUCCCAGCCGCCGGCGCCGCCUCGUCCCGCCACCGAGUUGGCUGCAGCGGCCGCGCUGCGCUGGACCACCGCGGAGCCCCAGCCCGGAACGCUGCCCGCGCAGCUCGCCAAGCCAGAUCUGACUGAAGAGCGACUUGGGGACAGCAGCUCUGCAGACAACGCUGCGGAGGCCUUCAGCGACAAAGACACCGACCAGAGGAGCUCCCCGGAUGUGGUCAAAGGCAAGAGCUGCUUCACUCCAGAGAGCCCCGAGAUCGUGUCGGUAGAUGAAGGGGCAUACGCCGUGCAGAAAAACGGGGGGAACCCGGAAAGCUGCCCUGACAGCCCCAAGUACCACGCAGAGCAGAGCCACCUCCUGAUCGAGGGCCCGUCGGGAACCGUCUCUCUGCCCUUCAGUUUGAAAGCCAACCGGCCACCCCUGGAAGUGUUGAAGAAAAUCUUCCCCAACCAGAAGCCCACUGUGCUGGAGCUCAUCCUGAAAGGCUGCGGGGGCGACCUGGUCAGUGCGGUGGAGGUGCUGCUAUCCAGUCGGUCCUCGGCUGCUGGGGCCGAGCGGGCGGCCGAAGAGAGCCUCGUGCUGCCCUCCAGCGGCCACAUCUUUGAACACACGCUGGGCUCCUACCCCAUCUCUUCCUCCAAGUGGUCGGUGGGCUCCGCCUUCCGCGUCCCCGACACCUUGCGCUUUUCGGCGGACUCCAGCAACGUGGUCCCCAACCCCUUGGCCGUGCCCUUGCAGCACCCUUUCCCUCAGCCACCCCGGUACCCACUGAUGCUGAGGAAUACUUUGGCCAGAAACCAGUCGAGCCCCUUUUUGCCCAACGAUGUCACCCUGUGGAACACCAUGACGCUGCAGCAGCAGUACCAGCUGAGGUCCCAGUACGUCAGUCCCUUCCCUAGUAACUCCACCAGCGUCUUCCGGAGCUCGCCCGUGCUCUCCUCCCGCACCACAGAGGACCCUCGGAUCUCCAUCCCCGACGAUGGGUGUCCGAUCGUGACAAAGCAGCCCAUCUACACAGAGGAUGACUAUGACGAGAGAUCCGACUCCUCGGACUCUAGAAUACUCAACACAUCAUCCUAAAGUGUUCCCUAUGGGUGGUGACCAGGUGACAUUUUGUGUGUGCUGGGACCCCCACCCCCAGGAGAGUCCGCUAACACUGUAUACUCUUUCUUCCUGUUUGACAAAGUGACUGUGCUUGAUAGUCUAUACAUUAGCAAUAAAAACAUAACUUAUUUAAUUCCCUGCACUUCACUGGAAAAUGCCAAAUAGGUCUGCUCUGUGGAUUUCGUGCUGAGUGUUAUAGAUGAGCCUAAAGCUAAGGACUGCCUGGGGAGGCUGGGUCUGGGGAGAUUUAGUCGGAGGGUCAGCUUUACUCCUAAAUUCAACUUGGAAUGUUAAGUGAAAUAGUAUACUUGAAUGCAAUUUUGUGAAAGGAUUCCUCAGGAUGCCGGAAACCUUAGGGAGUGGUCCGGUUGCAGUUGCUGACUGACUAUGAACAGGGACUAUCGCUCCAGUUCAAAGAGAGACUGCACUUCGGGACAGAGCGGACUACCCAGCUGCCGCUUAUUUAAGCCUGGACAGUUUUCAGAGACGAACUCCACCAAGAGUUAUUCUUUUCACUUGGCUGAAUCGAAACAUGUGUCAUGUCAAUAUAAAACCAAUCACAGCUGUGAGCUGCAUGAAAUGUAUCGUGAAAUGAACACAAGCUUAAGCUUUGUCAGGUUAAUGUAGCAUGCUAAGGACUCUAGAAAAAUAAACUAAGGAGACGGUC